UGCCACCGCAGUCCGGUUGCUUUGGUUUGUUGUCUCCUGUUUGUUUGGUGAGCUUAGGGACCGGGGAGGGAGCGAGGCCAGAUCGCAGCGCGAGCAGCCGUUUCCGCACAAAGGCGCCGACCUCACGCACGGGUUGAGAAAAGCGGUCACCCCCCGAGAGCAGCACGUGAGACGCACGGUGCGCCCUAUGCCCCCGCGCCCCCACCGCCCCCGACGCGGCAGCCGGAGCACACCGAGAGAAAGCACCACCACUGGGCCUGGGUGCAGCUAGCGACCCCUGCUCCAGCGCGCAGCCCGAGGUGAGCGGCGAGCGGGACGGCAGCGAGGCGUUCGCGGGCCCCCUCCUGCUGCCCGGGCCCGGCCCGCUCAUGGCGGCCAUCCGCAAGAAGCUGGUGGUGGUAGGCGACGGCGCGUGCGGCAAGACGUGCCUGCUGAUCGUAUUCAGUAAGGACGAGUUCCCCGAGGUGUACGUGCCCACCGUCUUCGAGAACUAUGUGGCCGACAUCGAGGUGGACGGCAAGCAGGUGGAGCUGGCGCUGUGGGAUACGGCGGGCCAGGAGGACUACGAUCGCCUGAGGCCGCUCUCCUACCCGGACACCGACGUGAUUCUUAUGUGCUUCUCGGUGGACAGCCCGGACUCUCUGGAGAACAUCCCCGAGAAGUGGGUGCCGGAGGUGAAGCACUUCUGCCCCAACGUGCCCAUCAUCCUGGUGGCCAACAAGAAAGACCUGCGCAGCGACGAGCACGUCCGCACAGAGCUGGCCCGCAUGAAGCAGGAACCCGUGCGCACGGAUGACGGCCGCGCCAUGGCCGUGCGCAUCCAAGCCUACGACUACCUCGAGUGCUCGGCCAAGACCAAGGAGGGGGUGCGCGAGGUCUUCGAGACGGCCACCCGCGCCGCGCUGCAGAAGCGCUACGGCUCACAGAACGGCUGCAUCAACUGCUGCAAGGUGCUAUGAGGGCCGCGCCUGGCCCCCGCUUGCCCUACCGGCGCGGCUCCCCCUCUCGGCCCCGUCCCCCAACGAGUCCGGAGAAGAGGAGACCCGCGUCCCCGAACGACCCCACCGGACUGCCUGGCGUCUGCCGUUCGGAGCAGCAGCCGUUGACUGGCGGCUCUGGCUCUCGCGCGGGCAAUCGGCGUAGGAGGGACCGGGCGCCCCCUUCCCAGUGUCUGUAUGCGUCCGGCUGUGUUGCACAGGCCCGGGCGCCCCGCUGAGUGCCAAGGGUCCCUAAGCAUCUUUUUCUGAAGAGCUAGGCGUCAGAAUGUGUGGCUGUGUGUAUGUUCGACUCUCCUCGCCCAGUGUUUACCCCCACCCCCGCCUCUGGUCCCCAGAGCCGAGCUCGGCGCCCUGGUCGGCCGCGCCCCAUCAGAUGUCCACCCAGUACCAGCGAGCGCCUACCAUCCCUUGUCUGUAACAUAGACCCCGGGGACUGCGGGAGGGGAGGGCUGGGGAGGCUUGGGGGGAGGGUGUGGUUAUAUAAGUACAGAUAUAAUUUUAUUUUCGGAGGUAGGAUGGUGUUAUUUAAUGGUGGUGGUGGGUAGAGUGACAAGGCGCUAGAACGGCUCCGGCCCAGCCUGGGUCAGGCACCCAUCCAAGCAUGAACUGGACUUGACCAUCUUUCCGAAUCCUGGGGACGACUUUUGGAACUGACUUGGGGCUGAGAGGACACAGCUUCCGGACACAGCGUCUCUUUCGAACCCCUCACCAGCCCCUGGGGCAGGAGGAGGGGAGGGUGUGUUGCGGGGUUGUUUUUGCCAUAAGCGAACUUUGUGCCUGUCCUACAAGUGAAAAUUGUUCAGUCUAAGAAACUGAUUUUGAUUUAUUUAAUGGCUAAAAAUGGUUUUUUUUUUCUUACCCCAAAAUAUUCUUUGCACAAUUGUUUCAUUGUUUGACACCUAACGCGCUUGUCAUUUGCCUGAGACAGUAGCAUUCUGACCACGGUUGUACACUGUAACCUCAUCUACUUCUGAUUUUUUUUCUUUUUAGGGAUAAUGACUUUUACAAAACAAGGAGGGGGGGAAACCCCACUAAUUUUUGUUUUGUUUUCUCGAAAAAAGUGGCAAUGCUAUUUUACGAUUUUAUUUGUGCAGAUUAAAUGCACUGUUUUGAUAAACAGCAGUAACAAGUAUUAGGGCCUAUUUAAAACUUUUUUUUUUUUUAAAUUUUCUGGCAAGGCAGUCUCUAAACUGUGUGAAAUUUUCUCUGCGUCUCUGUACAGAGAAUAAAACUGCCCCUGUUCUCUUCCUUCUCCCCUCCUCCCCACUGGUACUUCUACUAAAUUGUCUUGUUCUUUAUUUUUUAAAUAAACUGACAAA